UUGUGACGUAUUAUACAAAAGUUGAAAUCUGUCACUUUGAGUUUGAAUAAUUGAAUAGAUCGUAUGAGUUUAGGAUACCUAAUUACCUAAUAAUACUAUUUUUCUUUAAAAGUCUAAAAGAAGUCAGAUAUAUUUGGACUAGCUUGUUUGUAAAAUAAAUUUUUAACAGUGCUAUUUAAGUAUAUCUUGUGUUAUUUUGAGUUGCCUGUAAUUGAUCUCCUUAUUGAUAUUAAUUCAGGAUCCCAUUUCAAGGAAUAUUUCCAGUUGUAAACUUAACAUGGUACCGCCACCAAAGGGCAAAGCCCCUACAAGAGGUGCAAAACAAAUUCACACCGAGAAUACUGCAUCAAUAUACUUCUAUCGUAAUAUAUCUCUUUGUGCGGCUUUGGUUUACCAUACUGUAACUAUUGGGUUUUACUUUGAUGAGAUAUCGGCGUUUACUAUUAUCAUGAACCUUAUAGUCUCAAUACUCUACGUGGGUUGUCAUCAAGUUAUGUCCCAACUUAGUGCUCCGCGAUUUUCGGAGAGUGGUCAACUCAUUGAUCCUGGCCUAGAUCUGAACAUGGAAGGAGGAAUUGGAGAGCAUAUAAAAGAUAUUGUGAUCCUGACGGCAAUGACUCAUGUCCUAACACUCUUUUCAAACUAUUUUUGGUUUAUGUUGCUGCUUCUACCAAUCCGGGCCUUUUGGCUAGUCUGGGUUAAUUUCCUUGGGCCUUGGUUCUUUGAAAAGGCACCAGAGGACACUGAACAAGAUGAAAAGAAACGAAAAAAGAUGGAAAGGAAAAUGAAAAGGUAUCAACAGUAAAUGUCAUCGAGAAGGCUAUGAAUUUAUUGUCAAUGUCUCAAAGUUUUCUUAUCAAUUUCAAUGAUAUUGAUCUUAUUGUACCCAUUAUACAAAGGACUAAUACAGUCAAACUUGGUGGUGUGCUGUUGAAUGUUGGGUAUGAAGAAAAGUUGACUGUGAUUUUUAUAUUUGAAAUGGGUAAUUAAAAAAUAUAAAGAUACAUUUCUAGGACAUCAAUAGGUACUGUUAUGAAUCAAUAGGUUAACUAUACCAAGUUCGUUUGUAAAAGAAUUUAUUGAUAUGUAAUUUAAGAUGACGAUAAUUUAAUUAUCUAAGUAAUGUUAGUGUCAACUAUAAUUUUUAAAUAUGAUUGUGAUGUAAAACAUCUUUAAUACAUGUGUUAAUUAUUACUUGUUCGAUAAUGAUAAACCAAUAAUAAAUGAGCUGUUUUUUUAUUAAGUGUUACAUUUCAAUACAAUUAUGUUAUUUUAAAUAAAUAUAAUGUAGGUAUGACUUGGCAAGUCAAUUCUCUAAUUCGUAUGUAUUAGCUAAUUGAAUAUUCCGUGUUUUCGAGUAUUGUAUUGAAUAAAUGUCGGGCUAUUUUAAAUUUUUACAAUUAUAUUCUAUUUACUAUGCCAGUUACAUGUAUCUGAAUUCUGAAUAAACUGUCAUCAGCUCUCA